AUAACCCCCGGGCCAGAGACCAGGAGGCCCAGGGCUGCUCUCGAAUAAACCAUGUCCUCGCGGCUGCGGCUGCUCUCGCUCCUGCGGAGCGGCCGCCUCGCCCCCGCCCCCGCCCCGGCAGGUCGUCUCGCCGGCGCGCCCCCUUCAAGGGGCCUCCACCUACCCGCUGCCGCGGCCGCUGCCGCCUCCUCCUCAGGUUCUGAAUCUAAUGAUGGUAACUUUGGUUACUUUUCCAAUCGACGGCUGGGUUUCAAGUUUGGCGCUAUACUGAUUGGACAAGCAGCUUUUUUUCUUAGCCUGAGCGACGGCUCUGUAUUGGCUCAGGAUGACUCAGUUGCUCCAGCAGCUACAAUGAGUAAGCAAGCUGAUGCUAUUGUUACUGGUCUACGUCGGAUUGAAGAUGGUUCAAUGAUCUCAAAUGAACACACGAUCAAAUGGAGAAUCUUCACGGAUAAAGCAAAAGCUUUUUUCAUAAAAGGAAAACUAGAUGAAGCUGAAAGGUUCUUCAAGGCAGCCCUACAUCAAGCUAAAGAAGGAUUUGGACUGAGAGAUCCACAUGCUGCAUCGGCACUAAAAAACUUGGCGGAGUUUUAUGUGUUAAGAAAAGAGUUUGAGAAAGCUGAACCGUUAUUUCUGGAAGCAAUUGAAAUCUUGGAGCAAUCAUUUGGACCUGAUGAUAUACGGGUUGGAACAGCUUUGCGUAAUCUUGGACAACACUAUCAUCUUCAGAACAGGUUUGAUCAAGCUCAGACAUGUUAUGAGCGUGCUUUGAAGAUACAAGGAAGUGUUGUGGGGCCUGGUCACCCAGAUUAUGCAAAUACAAUGUACCUUCUAGCCAGGGUGCUAAGUCAACAAAGAAAAAGAAAAGAUGCAGAAGCUCUUGUCCGGGAAUCUAUUAGGAUACUUGAGGAAGCUGGACUUGGCGAAUCCCCUGCUUGCUUACAAAGAAUGAUGUUUCACUCUACAGAGUUGAUGAAUCUGAAACAACUGGAUGAAGCUGAAAAUUUGCGAAGGAAGAUAUUACAUAUUAUGGAGCUUUCGAAGGGAUGGGAUUCGUUUGGUACUACAGUCGCAGCCGUACAAUUAAGUGUCACUCUUGUAACCCUAGGGAAGCUGAGGGAAUCAGAAGAAUUAUUGCAAAGAUGCCUUGCAGUCAGAAAAAAGAUUUUAUCUGAAGACCAUAUUCAGGUAGCAAGUAUAUUGGUACACUUGGCAAAGCUAAGUUUGCUUAGAAUUAUUAGUGAUAUCAAAGUGAACAAUGACCUAUGUAGAUCUCACCUUGUGAGGGGAAAAAGACUUGUCAAUGAUUCGAUAAGGAUAGCGGAAAAAAUACUGAAUCCUUCGAGGGAAGAUCAGAAAAAACCGAAGAAUGCCUUUGGUAUCGAAUUGGAGCGGCGGAUUGCAGCAACAGGAAUACUUUUGGAAGCACUUGAAAUUGUUGGACUUCUUGACUGUUUAAACAUGGCAAUACAAGAAUGGGCACCAGCGAACUCGGUACUCUUGCUAAGGCUUCCUCGGGAACAUAUGAAGCAUGGAUACUUCAAAAUUGAUGUUGUGCGCAUACCAGACAAAUGCUGGCUAUUCAUAUGGCCAGCAAAAUAUCGCAUAAGUCUUCGAUAUACCACGCUACGAAUCCAUUUUAAUAAAUUUGAAAAGUUGAUUAUGAAAAUUUUGAACAAGCUCUGCGCAAGUGGGUUUCACUUUACAAUGAGCCUCGUACACGAAACAUAGUGUCCAACGCCCUCAGGGCGCACUACAUGAAAUGCUGGAGGACCCUCGUCGGUGGUACUCGGCGCACUCCUUACAUGAAUGCACCACAUAUCCAAGAGCUGGCUGAGUCACAACAAAUAAUGAAGGAAUUGGGAGGAGAGAACAGUAUGACAGGCAGUGUGGAUUUUGGUGAUGCAGAGGAAUAACCUUGUCAGACUCGGUCAUUGUGGGCAAGUGGACAAGACGUUGACUGAUACAUGUAGUUAUACAAAGUCUAUCUAAGAUUUCCUGUGCAAAAUGAGUGUUUGCACUCCUUUUGUCAUAUUUUUCACAACAAAUCUUUUGGGUAGAAUAUCAAAAGAUUAAUUAGUAGAGUAUCCAAAUGCUAACGACUUUUUUGUUGUUGUGUGUGUUGACAGUACAACAACUUGCGUUCAGUUUCAAA